AGAGUGGGGCAUUGUAUUAUAUUAGCAUAGGACAUUCUCAUUAGUUAUAAUAAAUUACAUAUUAACCGAACAUAUACCUCGUCUCUUUACUCACUGAGUCCACCGCCCGGACUCUGAAUCCCGCGGCUAUCCGCGCUGACAAUUUUAAAACCACGAUUCACGGUUACAAGCUGUUAGCGAUAUUCGGAAGAUUUCAAAGUACGCAUUAGAAGAAGAUCUUCCGAACAACCUGGCAACGCUGCUUGUGUUGAUCAACGUUUAUAAACUUAAUAACGCUGUAAAAUCUCUCGGCUCAGCUUGAUACUGGUUCGUCACUUUCAUACGAAUUAAACGUACUGCGUACGUGUCACGUGAUAUAUCUCGAUAACAUAUCUCGCGGUUCUACAUGCAAAAUUGUCCUCCUCAUUUCAGUUGUUUUACAUCCACGCGCGAUACAAGUAGCAUCUCUCGCGACAAAUAUACGAGACAACGCGAAUCUCUCGCACGUUGCGCUAUGUCGACACUGCGCUCGCGGUUAAACGAAAAAAUCUGGCGAUGCGUGUGCAGCCUUGCGCUUUUGCUUAUUCUCGCAGACGGUUUGUUCAUCGAUUCCGACAAACUUGUUGUCAACACGAAAUGGGGCUUCGUCCGCGGCGAGUGGAGUAAAACGGUGCGCAAUCGAACAAUCAUGAACUUUCUCGGGAUACCGUAUGCUCUACCCCCAGUCGGCGAUUUGAGGUUCAGGAGCCCGCAACGGUGGAAUCGCACGUGGACGGAAAUUCGUGACGCUUCGAUCGAUGGGAAUAGAUGCAUUCAAUUUGACUCUCACGCCACCAACGUUAUUGGUAACGAGGAUUGCCUUUAUCUAAACAUCUUCGUUCCCGGCUUUUUAGACAACCGGCAGAGAUUUGCAGAACUACCAGUUUUAGUUUUCGUGCACGGCGGUGGAUUUGUAUCAGGAAGUAGCUAUAGCAAACUAUAUGCACCGGAUUAUUUGCUGGAUCAAGAUAUAAUCCUCGUCACGUUGAAUUACCGACUUUCUGCUUUAGGAUUCUUUAGCAGAAAUGAAAUCUCACCGGGUAAUUACGGCCUUAAAGAUAUAAAGGUUGCCCUCGAAUGGAUACAACAAAACAUCCACAGCUUUGGAGGAAAUCGCGCGUCUGUAACUCUUAUGGGACACAGUGCCGGUUCAGCGGCAGUUCAUAUUCUUGCUCUCUCAAAGAAGACCGAAGGACUCUUUCACAGAUACAUCCUGCUAAGCGGUUCCGCCUUGAGUCCAUGGAGUUAUCAUCCGCCAAGAAGGUAUAGACAAGUAUGUUUGAAAUUGGCCGAACUUGUCGGCUGUUUACAGAAGAAAAACGACGGCGUGAUCGCGUUGAACGAAACAACCACUGAAAAUCCGAUGGGAGAAGACGUAAGGACAAGCGUCUACGACGACAUUGCGCAUCCGGACUAUGAAGAGACAAACGACGAAGAGAUAAUGAAAUGCAUGAGAAUGGUCGAUGCGAGAAGAAUAGAAACGAUGACACGAAAUUUCAAUGUUUGGAGAAAUAAUCCAAUGUGUAAAUUUGGUCCCACAUUGGAGGGUGAGUCGAAAGACGCUAUCCUAACGAUGCAACCAUGGAAAAUAAUGAAAAACGGACUAUUUCGUGAUAUACCGGCGAUAAUGCUGGUCGUAAAGGACGAGGGUUUAAUGAAGACGCUCUUUUUACUCACAAAUCCCGACAUCGAAAACGAACUGAUAGAGAAUUUCGAAGAAUAUUUGCCCUAUUUUAUGGAGUCUCACGAAGUUAUAUCAAACACUAGCGUUUUCGCUUCCGCGAUACAAGAUUUUUACUUUAACGGAAAUGUGACGCUGAAUCUCAUGCAUAACGUUACGGAGAUGAUGACUGAUGGCUUGAUAGUAUGGCCGAUGCUUCAAACUCUGCAAUAUCUGUCGGAAAUAGGACAUUCUAAUAUUUAUUUUUGCUACUUUGCAUACGAGGGCACGUUUACAGACACCUUCGUUUCGGGUAUGCUGAAUCACUAUGGUGUUACUCAUGGCGAUGAUUUAAACUAUCUAUUUCCUAUAUUGAAUAAUAAGUAUCGCAAUGUAUUACUAAACAAUACACCGAGCGAUAUUACCAUGAUUAAUAUCAUGACGGAGAUGUGGGCGAGUUUUGUGAUUGAAGGGAUUCCGAAAGCGCGACUGAUCCUCCCGUGGCCCAAUUACCACGAUCAUCAUGAGUUCAUGAGAUUCGGGAUUGGCAAAUCACCAGAAUUUGAAGUGCAAGCCAAUUUCAUGUUUGAUAGAAUGGAAUUCUGGAAGAAGUUAAUGCACAACGAAUCGGCAGAAUCGAUGGACGACGUGUUUGUCAGUGCAUCGCCAAAGUAUACCGGCAUUAGCGCUAACGCUAAUGCGAUUGAUCGUAGGAUAACAGUUCAUUUGGCAUCAGUAGCAGUAAUCUUUUUCUACAUAUAAAUGAAAUUGUAUUUCUCCCUGAAAAGAAAUUGUACUGUUAGGUAUGAUAAGCAUACUACAUAUAUGUAUAGUUUAACAAAAAAGUAAUAUUACAGUGAGACUAAUCAUUUUUGUUAGAUUCAUCAUUUAGUUUUUUUGAAUACGAAUCCAGUUUCCAGGUUGUUUCACAUCACGUCACAAUUUUGAUAAAUUUGUUAAUAUUACAAAAAGAAAAAACUAUUUGUCCGGAUGUAUACGGUUUUCAUGUAAUUUGUCUUAUUAUAACGUUGUCCUGUGUAUUGUCCUGUGUAACGCACUGAAGAAGUUUCAUUGCAAUCAAAAUUAAAUAUGUCACUGAAACUUUCAACCGAGAAAUUUUUUGUAGUUCUGAUUAAUCAAAUAUUUACGGUAAAAUGUAAGGUAUAUAAGUAAAAAUGCGCCAAUGUAUGAUAAAUAUCUUAUUAAUUAUGAUCAAACACGCAAAUAAAAUCCUUUUGAGGACCGAAAGUUCCAACGUA